CAUCAGCUUGACAGCUCAGUCGUGCAGUUCUUAAGAAGAGCUGUUUAACGUUUGUAUUCUGCAUGUGUAAUACAAUGAAAUCGCAUUUAUCAUUUUGUUUAUAAUAACCCUAAAGUACACGCUACGACAUGUCUUUCUUCGUUGAUUCAGUGAUUAUGUUCACUUCUCAGGUGCUGUUUUUCGGGUUUGGGUGGCUCUUUUUCAUGCGGCAGUUGUUUAAAGAUUAUGAGGUUCGACAGUAUGUUGUGCAGGUGGUGUUCUCUGUCACUUUUGCCUUUUCCUGCACUAUGUUUGAGCUCAUUAUCUUUGAGAUCAUUGGUGCAUUAAGCAGCACUUCCAGGUAUUUCCAUUGGAAGCUGAAUUUGUAUGUAAUAUUACUGGUUCUAAUAUUUGUGGUGCCUUUCUACAUUGGCUACUUUGUGGUCAGUAAUAUACGUUUGUUGCAUAGACAAAGGUUGCUUUUUUCAUGUGUGGUCUGGUUCACAUUCAUGUAUUUCUUCUGGAAACUGGGUGAUCCUUUCCCUAUACUUAAUCCAAAACAUGGCAUUCUGUCCAUAGAGCAGUUGAUCAGUCGUGUGGGGGUCAUUGGAGUCACACUCAUGGCUCUCCUGUCUGGCUUUGGUGCUGUAAACUGCCCUUAUACAUAUAUGUCCUAUUUCCUAAGAAAUGUGACAGACAGUGAUAUACUUGCCCUGGAGAGAAGGCUACUCCAAACAAUGGACAUGAUUGUCAGUAAAAAGAAGAGGAUUGCUAUGACAAGAAGGCAAAUGUACCAACGUGGAGAGGAGCAGAAUAAACAGACAGGUUUUUGGGGAAUGAUCAAGAGUGUGACCUCAUCACCAUCAGGAAGUGAGAACCUUUCUCAGAUCCAGCAGGAAGUAGAUGGUCUGGAGGAGCUCAGUAGACAGCUCUUCCUGGAGACUGUGGACCUGCAGGCCACAAAGGAACGGAUAGAAUACUCAAAAACAUUUCAAGGAAAAUACUUCAACUUUUUAGGGUACUUCUUCUCCAUCUACUGUGUGUGGAAAAUAUUCAUGGCAACUAUAAACAUUGUCUUCGACCGUGUAGGGAAGACUGACCCAGUGACGAGAGGAAUUGAGAUCACUGUCAACUAUCUCGGAAUUCAGUUUGAUGUAAAGUUCUGGUCUCAGCACAUUUCCUUUAUCCUGGUGGGAAUCAUCAUAGUCACGUCCAUACGAGGCCUCUUAAUCACACUCACUAAGUUUUUCUAUGCCAUUUCCAGCAACAAGUCCUCCAAUGUCAUUGUGCUCGUCCUGGCUCAGAUCAUGGGAAUGUAUUUUGUUUCCUCUGUGCUCCUUAUGCGGAUGAGCAUGCCUUUGGAGUACCGCACCAUAGUGACUGAGGUACUUGGAGAACUCCAGUUUAACUUCUACCAUCGCUGGUUUGAUGUGAUCUUCUUGGUCAGUGCUCUCUCCAGUAUCCUCUUCCUCUACCUGGCCCAUAAACAGGCACCUGAGAAGCACAUGACCUUGUGACCUCACAAGUGACCUCAUCGGAGAGAGAUGCCAGGAACUGAAGUGUCUCUUUCAUUUGUCUAUUCUUUUAAGAAGACUCUUAUGCCUCCACCCUGCAAAGAGUAUCAUUGGCUUUAUAUUUCCUGAAUCAGGAGGGGCCUAGACACUGUGUUAAUUUGAGUUUUGGUUCAAAGGCGGUGAUGCUGAGUUUCCGUGUUGUUUGGUUAAUGGAGGGGACUACAUGGUAUAGAAUGUUGGUGUAAUUUUUCUCUAAGUGUCUUUUUUUUUUUAAUGGAAUGAAUCAGCAUGAAUCUUAAACCAGGCUGUGCUAAUAUCUGUAAUAUCCAUACAUUGGUGUCUGAUAUAAACAUUAUUAUCAGUGUUAACUUUGAGUACAAACAGCUCGAAUCUACUGUACCUUUACCAUGAAAGGAGAAUAAACUAAUCCUAAUGUUAUCCUACUAUGAAAUCUCAGACAGAUACACAUGUUUUUACUUUUAGAAAAAAUGUUAGUCUGACCUUUUGGACUCUUGUUUUUCUCUCCAGCCUGUUAAACUUUACCAUCAUUCCAUGUAUUGCCAAUUUCUGAUUUGAAAUAAUUGUAACGAUUCACAUAUUGAGUGUAUUGAUUCACACUGUAUUGAGCGAGUGAGAGCCAUAAAAUUGUCUACUGAAAUCAUGUCACAGCAACAAUAAAAAAACCAAAGUGCAAGGUUAUUGCUAAAGGCUAUUUAAUAUAUUUUUGGGCUAUUGCAGAAAAUGCAAUAAAAUGUUUUCCAUG